CGCCAAUCGACUCGAGGGAGGGACCAUGUUGACAUAAGAAAGGAGUAGAAUCGUUUGUUUGGAGCGGCACAACCAUGGACAAGACUGCCGUGGUAAAAGUCGGUGCCGCGGCCAGUGCCAGUGUAUGUGCCCUGUUCGGAGGUGUGGUUCUCGCCCAGUACAUGUUCGCCAAGAAGAAGAGAGCGGGAAAGAAAACGAAGAUCAUCGAGAUGAUGCCAGAGUUUGAGAAGAACACGGUCCACAUGAGGGAUCCAGAGCGGGUGGAGCAGAUCAUCUGUGGCAUGAUCAAGGGUGGCGCCUCCAAACUACAGAUCAUCACUGACUUUGACAUGACGUUAAGCCGGUUCGCAGUCAACGGCAAACGCUGCCCCACGUGUCAUAAUAUCAUUGACAACUGCAAGCUUGUCACUGAAGAUUGUAGGAAGAAGUUACUUGAGCUUAAGAACACAUAUUACCCCAUAGAGAUUGACCCCCAUCUAACGAUGGAGGAGAAGUAUCCAUUUAUGGUAGAAUGGUAUUUUAAGUCCCACACAUUACUGGUGGAGCAGAGGCUACAGAAGGACAAACUCUCAGAGGUGGUGAGAGACUCAGACGCCUGCCUGAGGGAGGGCUAUGAGCCGUUCUUUGACCGGCUCCAUCAGCACAACGUGCCCGUGUUCAUCUUCUCAGCGGGUCUGGGAGAUGUCCUGGAGGAGAUCAUCCACCAGGCGGGGGUCUACCACCCCAACGUCAAGGUGGUGUCCAACUUCAUGGACUUCGACGAAAAUGGCGAGCUGAGGGGCUUCAAGGGAGAGCUGAUCCAUGUGUUCAACAAGCACGACGGCGCCCUGCGCAACACGGAGUACUUCAAACAGGUGAAGGACAACUGCAACAUCGUGCUGCUGGGAGACUCGUUAGGCGACCUCAACAUGGCUGACGGCGUGCCCAAUGUGGAGAACAUCCUCAAGAUCGGCUUCCUCAACGACAAGGUGGAGGAUCGUUUGGAGAAAUAUCUGGACUCUUAUGACAUCGUCCUGGUAAAGGAUGAGACUUUAGAUGUGCCCAAUUCCAUCCUUCAGAAGAUUAUAUAACUCACCCCCCCUCCCCUUCAUACUGAAACAUUUCCCCAAACCCAUGGAAAAUGAACCAACCUCUGGACCCCCAGACGGACGUUACUGGGCCCCGUCACUGACUCACAGCCUCUCGACAUACACUAGCUCCAUGGGCACCACUCUUUGGAUCCCACCUCUGCCACCAACCAUAGGGUCAUGGUUGGGUACUGGAUGUUCCCUUCACCUCUUUAUGAAGACAUUUAUUCUCCUCUCAAUGAACUAUUUUAAAGUACACAGCCUCAGUCUUUGUUUGUCUUUAACCUUGUCAACGUCCUCCACCCCAUAACUAAAAAGUAAUAGCAACUCCAAAAAAAGCAAGCUAAAUCUUUUAUAUUUUUCACGUUAUUGUUAUUCAUAAUAUUUUUUAUAUUGUAAUGCUUGUAUCAGUUUGCAAAUCAUAAACCGAGCAUCCACACAAGAACACAGCAACGUCUUUUGAAACGGUCCUAGCAUCCACACUAAAUCACCUCCUUGCAUUGUGCAACAGUUUGGCUACAGGAAUCAAUGUAGGUCUGAAAAAAAAAACUUGAACCUGUCUGAGUGAACCAUACUCAGACAUUGGUAUGAGUAUUAUCAGUGGUUUUAUGGAUGUAGUAAUGGAUUCUGUCUUGUACAAGAAAAGCCAUGUAUACACCUCUUAUCAGUUUUCACAUGGGGACUUUGCUACCAUAGCUACACUGCAAAGUAGCACAGUAUUCUUGUAAAAUAAUAACACUGCACAUUUAAUGUGCCAAAUAAAUAGAUUGCAUGGUUGUUAUAGAUACCCUAUGGUGCUUAUAUCAAGAAAUGAAACAAUUGUCAAUGAGUUGAGAUAAUAGUAGUAACUAGUGGUGCUAAAGUUUUUUACAAGUUAGUUAUGGGUUACUACUGUUAGUGUAACUGACUUUAUGAACAAUAUAGUGUAAAAUAAAGUGCUACCAAAGAAGUCAUUACACAGAGGAAAAGUAGCCUACUCAAUAGGCAGUAUAUUACAAGAGAACACCACUGGAUAAAGCACCGUUGUCUGUGGAUCAGUGACGUUCAAUAAGACUAAUAUUUUGUUUAACUUGGCCUUUUAUCCACACCCAUUGACCUUUUUUAAUUUUGUUGUUCAAAUUUGAACUCUACCUCAAACUUGGAAAUGUUUCUUACCCCCCUUAACUUUCUCAGUUUUGUCUUGCACAUGUUUGAUGUUUAUUUUAAAUGUUAGCAUUUUAAAUGUGCUGCUACUCCUGCAUGUUGCCUUUUCUUAACUUUGAAUUUGACAGAGGGGGGGGGGGGG